AUGAAUGCGCCUCCAACAUUUGAAUCGUUUUUGCUGUAUGACGGAGAAAAAAAAAUAGUCAAAGAAGUAGAUACUAAAGUGACAAAUGCAGCAAUUUUUACAGUCAACAAAGAAGAUCAUACUUUGGGAAACAUGAUCAGGAACCAACUACUUAAAGACCCUAAUGUACUUUUUGCCGGAUAUAAACAACCACAUCCACUGGAACAUAAAUUUGAACUUCGCAUACAAACAACAUCUGAUUAUACACCUCAAGAUGCUUUAACUAAUUCUAUCACUGAUCUCUUGGCUGAACUUUCUUUGUUUGAAGAACGUUUCAAGGAAGCUUUGAGGGAGAAAAAAGAAGGCCUUGAUUAA